AUGAGAUUGCUUCGGAAACGCUGUCAACAAGAAUGCUCCAUUCGUUUUCUGGUUGGACCGAAGUGGAAAUCUCUUCAUCCAACACGUUCACUCGAAAUGGAUGCCGACGGAAACUGCCCCCCCCCGAUUGGCGGUCGAGACGGUCCGCAACGACAGAGAGCGCGAUCCCACCGCCUCCCAUCCACUAACCGCUUCUCCCACUUUUCCACUUUGUCCCACCCUUUCGUUCCCGUUCCGCUCCACUUGCGGUCAAAAGGGCCGUUUCCGGAGGACGCCUUCAAGCCGGUGCCGGCGCCGGCGCCGCUUGACUUCUCGGUCGGUCAGUUGUUCUCGUUUCCAUCGGCUCCGGGACUCGAACGAUCGGGCCCUGCUUCCGCGAGCCUCGCAGAAGCCGCCGACGUCUUCCGGCCCUUCAGCUCGACCCUGUCGCCCAGAGCCCCGUCCGACUCCCUCCCACCGCCCCUCUUCCGCCCGCCCCUCUUCCCUUCCGCCGCCAGCCACGUCAGCUCGCUCAGUUCGGCAGACAACGACGGCGACGGCGACGGCGACGGCGAGACUGUCCACCAAGUCGUCGUCAAGUCGAAGGCCGUUGCGCCGCUUCACACGUUCUGUGAAACCGAGGCGACGGCGACGGCGACGGCGAAUUCGCCGUCAGCAGAGCCGCCCUGGGCCGUGGAUGGCGUCAGUUCGUUGCUCUUCCACUGCCUGGCUUGGCUCGGCGCCCAGCGGCCCGACCGCCGCCUCGGAUUGGUCAGUCCUGGCCGGGCCGUCGGGCCGACGCCGGGCUCAGCCAAUCAGGCUGCAAAGGGACAGACCGGCCUCGAUGUCGCCCAAUUGGCUCGUCUGACUGCGGCCAACAUGGACCUGUUGGUGGUGCUGACGGGAGCGGAGACGGCGAGGAGGAGGAGGAGGAGAAGAAGGCGAAGGGUGGGCGACGCCGACGCCGACGGCGACGGCGACGUCAACGCUGAGACUGAUUACGGCGGGGAUGGCGAGGAGGGUGGGGACAGCGACAGAGACGAGGCAAGCUGGAGGCGUUCGGAGCCAGGCAUCGAGGGCUCCAUGCAAAAGGGGCACGGAAAUUGGUACGAGGCGAUUCUGUUGCCGCUUCGACGGCUUUUGGCAGAAGAUCCCAGUCUCGGGGCAACGGGUGAGUGA